UUGUAGUAUAUAUACAUAACCUCUCGAUCAUUUGUCAUUUGAGCGAUCUGAGUUAUAAGAUUUUUUUAUGUUACAAUUAUGCAUGAAUAUUGAAUUGAAUUAGGAAAAUUUAGAAAGGUCCGUGUAUUCAGAUAGAGUGGUAGCUGAAUUGAUGAAGUUAACCUAAAUCCUCCAAAUUCUCACUCAAUUGAAUCUUGUGCUUGUGUUUUUCAAUGAAAUGAUCGUGCUCGACUCCACCGAUUCCAGCUCCAUCAAUGAGACGGUGAAUGGCACACACCACUUCACCAUCCGCGGCUACUCUCUCGCCAAGGGAAUGGGCCCCGGAAAGUACGUUUCUUCCCACACUUUCACCAUCGGAGGCUACGAUUGGGCGAUUUACUUCUACCCCGACGGCAAAAACCCCGACGAUUCCUCCGCCUACGUCUCCGUUUUCAUCGCCUUAGCCAGCGAGGGCACCGAUGUCAGGGCCCUCUUUGAGCUCGCUCUUCUGGAUCAGAGCGGCAAGGCCAAGCACAAGGUCCAUAGCCAUUUCGAUCGGGCGCUCGACAGCGGCCCUUAUACCCUCAAGUACAGAGGAAGCAUGUGGGGUUAUAAGCGGUUUUUCAGAAGGAGUGCCUUGGAAACUUCUGAUUUUCUCAAGGAUGAUUGUCUUUCCAUGCAUUGCACUGUGGGAGUCGUCCGGACGCGCCUUGAGGGACCGAAAUUUUUUAGUGUUCACGUCCCUCCAUCGAAUAUGGGACAGAGUCUGAAGCAUUUGCUGGAUACUGAACUUGGUUGUGACGUAGUUUUCCAAGUUGGGAAUGAGUCAUUCAAGGCGCAUAAGUUAGUACUUGCUGCCCGUUCUCCAGUAUUUAGAGCUCAAUUCUUUGGACUUGUUGGAAAUCCUAAUAGUGACAAGCUGGAACUCCAUGAUGUUGAACCAUCCAUCUUCAAGGCUUUGCUACAUUUUGUCUACUCCAACGAACUUCCUGAUUUCACUGAAAAUGUUGAUUCCACGCCUACUUCUUCUACGAUCAUGAUGCAACAUCUAUUAGCUGAUGCAGACCGCUUUGGUUUAGAUAGAUUGAAACUAUUAUGUGAAGCAAAAUUGUGUGAAGAUUUAAGCACUGAUACAGUGGCAACAACUCUUUCCCUGGCAGAGCAACAUCACUGUGCACAACUCAAGUCGAUAUGUUUAAAAUUUGCCACUACACACUUGGGAGGAACAGCAUCUCCAGACAUCAUUGAGGAGAUGUCAAAAUUACAGUUGGUGAUGAAAUCAGAAGGGUUCGAGCACUUGGAACAGAGCUGUCCCUCACUGUUGUCGGAGUUGCUGGAAACAGUGGCGUUGGCAGAUGAGAAGCCAAAUCUCGUAUCAGGUAAGAAAAGGAGCAGCAGCAGCAUCUUCGCGCUGGAUUUGGCAGCUGCAGAUGGUGUAGCAGAAUCCGUGAAUCCUAAUGGCCGCCGGGUGCAAAGAAGGGGCUAGCGCUGUGGAUGCAAAUUGAAGACAUGGGAACUAAGGCUCGUUUAUGUCUAUAGUAGUCUAUUUUUGUAUUUGCAUUACUCAAUCUACUCUAAUGAUUGACAACUAAGCACAGUUUAAUAUUAGUGUCCUUGAUUAGUCUUGAUUA